GGCCUAACGGUAACGGAAAUGGCCACGGCUAGUUAAGUUACCUGUGAUAUUUGAAAACACAGGUAAAACACAUACAUAUCUAGGAUUUAUACAACACUGUUCAAACUAAAUAUCUGAUUUUCAUGACAUCAAAGCAACAAACACAAUUUAAAAGAACUUUCCAGAACAUUAAAAAAUGUUAGAUCGACUCUGCAUGAAGAACAAAACAAGCAAUGCAAAGUAUUUUUACCAACAGUGUUCAUAAUAUGAGAAUCUAAAGAAGUCAGAUGGCUCUUAAAGUUUAUGGCCACAAAGGUCUCAUCAGAGCCAUCAAUCUGAGUCAUGUGACCUGCGUUAUUUUGAUACAUUUUUUGGCUGUGUUCGCCCAAGGCCAGGGCCCAGGAAAUGUAGAGUUUAAGGUGGUAGAAGAGUCCCCUGUCGGCACUUUGGUUGGGGUUGUGAGCUCUCUACCCAACUACAGCUACACAUUCCAAGAAAGCUCUACCCUGUUUGAGAUUAGUGCUUCUGGUACCAUAAGAACUCUAAAAGUUAUUGACAGGGAAUCCUUAGGAAACCCAGUCAUUCGUUUAACAGUUAUUGGACGGCCCAGCAACUCUAAAGACCCCCAGCUGACCAUCAUUGUUUCAGUUGUUGUCCUGGAUAUCAACGAUAAUGCCCCAGUCUUUAGCACAGAUGGUGCAGCCAGUGUUACCAUCACUUUUCAGGAAGAUGCCAAAGAAGGUAGGAAAAGUAUAGUGACAGCAACAGACCCUGACGAGGGAAUCAACGGAACUAUCAAGUACAGCAUAGUGAGUGGGAAUGAUCUGGGCAUGUUCGACCUUGACCGGUCAGGUUUACCUUUAAUUUUGUACGUGUCAAAAAUUGGUGACCAGAGUUUUGACAGGGAAACCAUUGACCACUACCAGCUGAACGUGUCAGCACAGGACGGAGGCUCCCCACCGCGGUCUGGCUACCUGCUGGUGGAUGUUGUCAUCCUUGAUGUCAAUGACAACACCCCAACGUUUCACCAGAGCCAGUACAGGGUCCAGGUCAAUGAGAGCGCACCUAUUGGAACUCUGGUGUUCAUCGCAGAGGCCACAGACAACGACCUGGGCUUGAACAAGGAGAUAUCCUACCACAUAGACGACUCCUCCCAUCAGUUUAAGAUUGAUGAGAACACGGGGGAGAUCCGAACUGUCUCCAGUCCUCUGGCCUGCAGUCUGAGGUGUAGCAGGUCAACUGAACCAUGCAAUCCCAACAGCUGUUUUAUUACUGUGGAAGCCACAGACAAGGGUUUGAACCCUCUAACUGGACGUGCUUACCUUUAUAUUGAGGUGCUAGAUGAAAAUGACCAUGACCCUGUGAUUCAUUUUUCUACCAGUAGUUCUGAGAAUGACAUCAACAUAGCCAAUGUUGAUGAGAACGCCAACAUCAGUACCCAGGUGUUCACAGUGAGCGUCUCUGAUGCUGAUAAUGGCAUCAAUGGGGAGACCUCCCUCUCUAUAGUCAAGGGCAAUGAAGGAGGAUACUUCAGCUAUUUUACCAUUGCUGACUUCAACAUCAUCAUGGUCCAGGUGGCUAAACAGUUGGACAGGGAAACCAUUGGUAUGUUUAACCUGACGUUUAAAGCUGUGGAUAAAGGCACCCCUCCCAGAAGCACCACUGCUUAUAUUCUGAUCAUGGUUAAUGAUGCCAAUGAUCACAGCCCUGAGUUUGAGCACACAUCGUACAGGGUCAGUGUUAGUGAGUUUGCUAAAGUGAACUCAUUUGUGGCCAGUCUCAGGGCAACAGACCUAGAUGAGGGGGACAAUGCCAGGCUCACCUAUGAUAUUGCCUCAGGGAAUGAACCUCUUCAUUGGUUUAAGAUGGAUUCAGAGACGGGUCUUGUCACCACACAAGCUGCCAUUGAUCAUGAAGAGGCUGCUCAGGUCAUCCUCAACAUAUCUGCCCAUGACAGUGGCUCUGAGCCCAGGUACAGCUAUGCCAUCUUGACCAUAGACAUCCAAGAUGAGAAUGACUACAUUCCAAAGUUUUCUCAGUCGUCUUACAUCCAGGAGCUUGCUGAAAAUAUGGCUCCCAACACUGAGAUAGUCACCCUUAAAGUGAUAGACCUAGACAGUGGCAUCAAUGGGACGGUAGAUUUCUCCAUACACCCUGACACAGAGAUGCUGUACCCUGGCUGCUUCUCUGUACAGUCAUCUGGCAAGGUGCUGGCCCUCAAACAGUUUGACAGAGAAGAAAGAGACAAAUACCUGGUUAAAGUUGUGGCCACAGAUGAAGGUCCGAACCACCUAUCUUCCACAGCUACCAUUGAGUUGAGAAUCAGAGACCUGAAUGACAACCGGCCAAAGUUUUCUCCCAGAGAAUAUUAUGCCAAUAUCUACAUGAAUGACCCUUCAGACCUGCAGGUCAUCCGGGUGUUUGCUACUGAUAAAGACAUUGGGGACUUUGGCAAGGUGACAUAUUCUAUGACUGACACAUACAACAGUUUCAAAAUCAAUGGAGAUACUGGGAUGAUAUCCACCUCUAAGCAGAUACAGAGUCAACUGACAUACAGAUUAACUGUGUCUGCCAGAGAUGGCGGAGGGUCACCCUCAGAAACAGAUGCCACUGUCAAUGUCAUCGUCAUCAACAUGUCCAGCCAGGCUCCAGAGUUCCAAAAUUUGCCCAACAUAUUUGAGAUUGUGGAAGACAAUGGAGAGAUGAGCCCUCAGAUUGGCAGACAGGUUGGUGCUGUUGAAGCCACAUCCCCAGCAGGCAGGCCUAUAACCUAUGCCAUAGCCAGUGGAGACCAAGAUGGGGUGUUUAAAAUCAACUCAUCCUCUGGGGUCAUCCGCACCCAACUGGCGCUGGACAGGGAAGAUAGAUCAGAAUACAACCUGACUGUGAUGGCGUUUGAUGGGGAAAGGAUUAGCUCUAGGAAAGUUACUGUUAUUGUUACAGAUGUCAAUGAUAACCCACCUGUGUUUACAGCCAACACAACAGAAGCUGAGAUACUGGAGAACUGGCCAGUUGGUCAAAACAUCUUCUAUGCCCAGGCCAUUGAUAGAGAUGCAGGCAGCAACAGAGAGAUCAGCUUUGUCCUGGUGUCAGAGAGUGAUGUCAAUAAAGUAUUUGCCAUCAACGCCAGCACCGGGGUCAUUUACCUGACCAAACCUACCACUUUUAUCUCUGGUAGUUCUCUCACUCUCAAGGUGACAGCAACUGAUGCAGGUACACCAAGAAAAUCCAGCUCCAUGAAUGUCAAGGUGACCGUCAAAGAUGUGAAUGACCACACACCACUGUUCACAGAAAACAGAUAUGAGCUGUUUGUGUCGGAGGCCCAGACAGUGAACAAUGUGGUCAAACUCCUCUCAGCUAAAGACAGCGACAAGGGCAAAAAUGCUGAGCUUAGCUUCAACAUCAUCAGGGGCAAUGAUGACAAGCGCUUUGGGAUUUUCCCUGACGGCUCUUUUUAUUUAGCUCAUGUAUUGGACAGGGAGAAGAAGGACAUGUACUCACUGACUGUAGAAGUGAAGGAUAAUGGACAGGAGCCACGCAGCUCUGCCGUAAAUAUUACCAUCUAUGUUGUCGAUGAGAACGACAAUGAACCUGUGUUCAGCAAAAAUGUUUACGAGUUUUUCAUAGUAGAAAACAAGGAGGCCAACACAUAUGUUGGUACAGUCAAGGCUGAUGACUUGGACGUUGGACGCAAUGCUGAUCUGCUGUACUCUCUUGGAGAAGGGAAUGACAACUUUACCAUAGAUCCCUUUCUGGGGACCAUCUUCUCUUCCAAAGUGUUUGACAGGGAGUACAUCUUCAAGACCACCAGUGUGUCCUACUACAUGUUUUCAGUGUAUGCCACUGAUAAUGGCCUGGUCAAGCUGCAGAGUAAAGCCUAUGUCAAGGUCAUUGUCAAGGAUGAGAACGACAACCCACCUGUGUUCUUGCAGUCACCAGACACCACCAUAGAUGUGUCUGAGAACACCAACGUCAAUGAUGUGUUUUUCACACUGGUGGCGAAUGACGCUGAUGAAGGAAUAAACGCUGCCCUGUCUUACAACAUCAUCGGUGGAAACAGUGAUGGCAAGUUUGGCAUCAACGCUGGCUCUGGUAAGCUGUAUCUGAAGGACAGCUUGGACAGGGAAACCAAAGACCAGUACAGGCUGACGGUGAAAGCUACAGACUCCGGGGCCAGUGUCCAGCUCCAGGCUAAUAUCACACUGAACAUUCAUGUGCUGGACUAUAAUGACAACCCACCUCAGUUCGCCCCAGACACCCCCAGCUCUGUCAGUGUCAGUGAAAACACAAACGUUGGCGAGACAUUGGUCAUGUUCUCUGGCAGUGACAGGGACAUAGGCAUUAGUGCCACCCUGCGCUUUGACAUUGUCUCUGGAAAUGGUGACGAUGUCUUCUCUCUUGGGGUUUCCUCUGGAAAACUCACACUGUCCAAGCUCUUGGAUUAUGAAGCAAGUAACCAUGGUGAUCACUCCCUAAACAUCUCUCUCUCUGAUGCAGGCUUCCCUUCACUGUCUGUAGCCAGAAUGUUCACAGUUAAAGUUGAGGAUGCUAACGAUAAUUCACCAAUCUUUUUAGAUGGCAUCUCCCAGCUUUACUUCAAUGAGACCACCCCAGUAAACACCAGCAUAGCCCAGGUGUCAGCUGUUGAUAAAGAUUCUGGGGAUUUUGGAACUGUCAGAUACAGACUGUUCAAACAAACCCCUGCUGGAAAUUAUUUCAUCAUCCACCCUGUCACUGGCGAGUUAACCUUAAACCGGGCUCUAACCGGGCUAAUCACUAGCACUAACAUGGUUAGGCUGGUUAUUUAUGCCACUGACCAGGACAAGAAUGUAGCCAAUCGCAGAACUGCAGAAAAGAACCUGUCCAUUGUAGUGAGAGAUGCCAAUGAUAACGCCCCAGUGUUCCAGUCAGCUGCCUUCUUUCUUGUACCCUACAACACCCCUGCCGGUAGUACCGUGGCCACAGUACUAGCCACAGACCUGGACCAAGGGGACAACGCCAGAGUGACCUACUCAUUCAGUGGUCAGAGAACGACCUUGUUUAGCAUCAACCCAACCACCGGCGCCAUCACCCUGAACAGCGCCCUCCAGCAGACCACGUCCGGCACCACGCUCUCGGUCACUGCCACAGAUGGCGGCGUUACAGAUCUCCUGGGCGCCAAGAGCACGUCCGUGUCUGUUACCUUCUUGUAUGUCAUCAGCGGCACCGGUCCCGUGUUUGCGCCCACCAGCCCCAACUCGGGGCGGGUGAGAGAAAACCAGGCCGGCACCCCAAUCCUGAGGGUGGACUGCUCCCCCUCUGUGGCUGGCCGCACGGUGGAGUACUACAUCACACGAGUGGUGGCCUCAGGCAGGGACCAAGGUGGAUUAUUUGCCAUCAGCAAGUCCUCGGGAGACCUCUCCACUCUAGCAGCCAUAGACAGAGAGGCACUGGCUGGGGAUACCUUGAUAUUGGAUAUAACAGCAAUAGAAGUCGGUGGAAGCUAUGAACAAAAGGCCACAACCACCCAGGUGAGCGUGUACGUGGAGGACGAGAACGACAACCCUCCAGCCUUCUCCAGCACCAUGUUUGACGCGAGCGUGUCGGAGAAUGUCCCCGUCGGCAGCUCCGUUAUGCGGGUCUCCGUCACUGACCCUGACACUGCUGGCACCCUGACUUUGGCCCUUAGCGGAACGGACGCUGGCAAGUUUAGGAUCGUGCAGAAUGGUACCAUCUACCUGGUCCAGCAGCUGGACUAUGAGACGGCCCGCUUCCACGACCUGGUGGUAGAAGCCAGCGACACCGUGUUCAGGACCACCGCCGCCAUCCGCCUGAAUGUGAUCGACGAGAACGACAACACGCCGCGGUUCUCCCGCUCCUUCUACACGUUUGACAUCGCCGAGGACAGCAAGCCGGGCUACACCGUCGGCACCGUCCUGGCCACAGACGCUGACUCUGGCAGCAACGGUCACGUCAUCUACAGCGUCAUCUCGGACUGGGGCAAGGAGUACUUCCUGCUGGACACCAGCCGGGGCACCUUUGUGUUGAUACAGCCUGUGGACUUUGAGGAGCGCCAGCUGUACACGCUAAAGGUCAUGGCCAGAGACGAAGGGUCCCAACCCCGGUCCACCGAGGUCAUAGUGUACAUGAAUGUCAAGGACGUGAACGACAACCAGCCAGAGUUUGACCCCAUGUCCUACUUUAUUGAACUGUCCGAGGAUGCUCCGGUGGGGAGCAGGGUGGUCAACGUUAGCGCUACUGAUGUCGAUUCUGGCCUGAGUGGUGAUGUCCGUUACAGUCUGGUGGGAGCCACCAACUUUGCCGUGGGUCCCCUCAACGGCAGCAUCUACACGGUGGGACGGCUGGACAGGGAGGCGGUGCCAGUGUACAACGUCAUCGUCAUGGCAACCGACCAGGCGCCUGUGGUCAAGGAUAGGUUAUCCACCACAGCUACAGUGCAGGUGAAGUUGCGUGACGUCAACGACAACGCCCCCACCUUCCUGAGCCCAGCCACCACCGACAUCAGGGAAGACGCCAAGGUCGGCUCGACCGUCUUCACCGUGUCGGUCAGCGACCUUGACGAAGGUGUCAACAGCAAGAUCACCUUCAGACUGCUCUCACAAAGCACACCCGGCGUCUUCGCCAUCGACCCCCAGUCCGGGUCUCUGGUGCUGCGGUCAGGUCUGGACCGUGAGACCAUCUCCAACCACACGCUGGUCAUUGAGGCCAAGGACGGCGGCACCGUCCCGCUGGCCACACAGCAGAGCCUGCUCAUCCAGGUGACCGACGCCAACGACAACCCGCCCGUCUUCACACAGGCCCAGUACGUCAAGACCAUCAACGAGGACAUCGCUGUCGGCACCAGUGUUCUCCGUAUCCUAGCAACAGACCGGGACAUAGGUUUCAACGGCGCUGUCCGCUACUUCAUCCUGAGCGGGGAGGGCAGCAACGACUUUAACCUGGACAUGUCCAGCGGGGUGCUGCGCGUGAAGAAAGGCCUGGACUACGAGCGCCGGACCUCCUACACCAUCCUGGUGCAGGCCGAGGACAGCUCGGUGGAGAACCGCCUGCAGGCCAACACCAGCAUCGUCAUCACGCUCGUCGACAUCAACGACUUCGUCCCCGUGUUCGACGACUCGCCGUACGUCACCUACGUGCAGGAGGGCAUGUCGGACGGUCCGGUGCCCAUCAUUACCAUCACGGCCAGGGACGAGGACUCCGGCCUCAACGGUCAGCUGGAUUACUCACUGCGUGGCAUCACCAGCGACUACCAGAUGUUCGGGGUCAACUCGACCACUGGCCAGGUCUACGUGACGGUCAGUCUGGACAGGGAGAAUGUCCCCAUGUACGUGCUGGCGGUGGUGGCCAUGGAUAGGGGAAAUCCUGUCCAGAUCGGGACGGCGACAGUGACCGUGAUUGUGAAGGAUGUGAAUGACCACACCCCCAAGUUUGACAGCAACGGGCCGUACCUGGCCAACGUGAUGGAGAACAUGCCAGCUGGGACGUCGGUCAUCACUGUGGCAGCCUCCGACUCAGACGAGGGCAUCAACUCCAACAUUGUCUACACGCUGGCAGACAGCAUGGGCAGCAGGUUCAGCAUUAACCCCAGCACAGCUCUGAUCACAACCACAGCUUCACUGGACAGGGAGCUGGAGACCAUGUACACACUGACCGUCAUAGCCACAGACCAGGGCAUCCCCCCACGCUCCGCAGCCGUACAGGUCAUUGCUAUGGUGGGGGACGACAACGACCACGCCCCUGAGUUUGGUACCAGCACCUACACGGCUACCAUGUAUGAUCCAGCCAAUGCAGGUGAUUUUGUCAUAGGUGUAACAGCUGUUGACCAGGACAUAGGUAACAAUGGUAAGGUGGUGUACACCCUGGAGGGACCCAACCAAAAUCUUUUCCUCAUGGAUGGGGAGACAGGUGUGGUUACCAUGAGGUCAGCACUUACAACGACAGGCAACGUGGUCAGUUUUCUUGUCAGAGCCACGGAUCAGGGCAAACCAUCACUGAACAGCUCAGCCUCUGUGUCUGUCACUCUCUCCAAAUCUGCAACAUCAACGCGACCUGUCUUCAAGGACUUCAGCUCCAAUUUGAACAUCAGUGAAAACUCUGAGGCGGGAGUUUUUCUGACCACAGUCCAGGCGACAUCGACAUCCAACAGUCGUGUGACCUACCACAUAGCUGGUGGUAACGUCAACAAUGGAUUCACCAUCAACUCUGAGACAGGGGGCAUUAGUGUUGCUGGGAGAAUUGAUUAUGAAGUCACCACUAAGUUCAAGCUGUGGCUGGAGGCCAGAGAUCAGACACAAUUGUCCACCUUCAAAAGACUGGACAUAGCUGUGUUGGAUCAGAAUGACAACUGGCCCACCUUCUCCUCGGCUCUGUACACAGCCUCAGUGCUAGAGAAUUGUGCUGUUGGCACCUCUGUUUUCACUGUGGUAGCAACUGAUCUAGACUCUGGCCUCAACAAACAAAUAGUUUACAGGCUCAAGAAUGGGAAUGAGAACAACACAUUUGCACUAAACACUACCAGUGGUCAGUUGUCCACCCUGAACAGGGUGGUGGACAGGGAGAAGAUAGCCCUCUAUAACCUGGAGAUUGAGGCGGCAGACAUGGGUGUGCCCAGUAACACAGCAUCUACCACGGUGCGUGUCACCAUUCUUGAUGUGAACGACAACGAGCCAAAGUUUGUGGGGCCCAGGAGUGCCGCUGUACCAGAGGACCUCCCCGUGGGCUCACUCAUCCUCCAGCUGAGCACCAGUGACCUUGACAUUGGUGACAAUGCCAAGGCUGUGUAUGGAUAUGACAACACUGAGGGCUUCCCUUUUGUUGUUGACACCCAGACUGGGAAGAUCACCAACAAGCAGGCGUUGGACGCUGAGCUGCAGGACAAGUACACCUUCAUUGUCAGCGUCUCUGACGGAUCAUUUGUCCAGAAGACAUCCCUGAAUAUCCGGGUCCUGGAUGUAAACGACAACCCGCCCAGGUUCCGCGACUCUGUCAUGGUGUUCAACCUGACGGAGCUCCAGCCUCCCAGCACGCGGGUCACCCAGCUGACCGCCCUUGACCAGGACAAGUCCAGCCCAAACAAUAAAUAUUUCUUCUCCCUGAGACGCCCCUCCUCCCUGUUUGAACUGAACCCUGAGACUGGGGAUAUCACAGCACUGGAGAGCAUGCGCUUCUACGGGGGUCAGCCCAGCAUGGACACCAUGAACGAACACGUGCUGGACGUUCUGGUCACUGACCUCGGCAUCCCGUCUCUCUCCUCUGAGGCCACUGUGUACAUCAGGAUUAUAGAUGCCAACGACCACUCCCCCGUCUUUGUCAAAAGUUCCUACUUCUCAGCUGUGCCUGUGGACAUCCAACCUGCGCAGAUUGUCCUGCGUGUCACAGCUAAAGAUGACAUGGACUACGGCAGGAACGCCGAGGUUGUCUACUCCAUAGUGGAUGGCUCAGGUGUGCCCUACUUCACCAUCAACACCACCACGGGUGAGAUCUUCUCCAGCGCCUCUCUCACUGGCAACGUCAGCAAGAAGCUGACACUGACUGUACGGGCUAGUGACCGCGGGCUGCCAGUCAUGUCCACGACCAUAGAUGUCCAGUUUGAGGUCACCGACCCCAAUGUCAACGCACCUCGGUUUAACAGCAACCCUUUCACCAAGCAAGUUUUGGAAAGUGUCCCCAUUGGUUUUAUCAUCGACACCAUCACAGCAACAGACAGUGACUCAGGCCUGAAUGGAGAGGUCCAGUACUUCAUCACCAGCGGCAACAAUGGCUCACUGUUUGCCAUCAACCCAGACAGCGGGAGGCUGACCGUAGAGCAGCCACUGGACUACGAGACACAGACCUCCUACACUGUAACCCUGACAGCCAGGGACAAGGCUCUCUUCAGCAAGGAGGUUUCCCGUGACUACCUGAUCACGCUGCUGGACGUCAACGACAACAAACCCGUCUUUGACCAGGACUACUAUGAUGCUUACGUCCAAGAGAACAACGCUGCCCAGACGUACGUCUUCACUUUAUCAGCUUCAGAUGCGGACACCAGUGCCAUCAAUAAAAUCAUACGCUACUCCAUAGUUGGAGACGCCAGCUCCAAAUCUUUCUUCCAGAUAGACAACCAGACGGGGGUCAUCAACACAGGCAACUCAAUGUUUGAUUAUGAAACCAGAAACCUCUUCACACUGCUGGUCAUGGCUUACAACCCUGACCCUGGCAACAGUGAGGCAUCAAUCCUUAAGUCAGUGACCACAGUGUACGUCCACAUUACAGGGGUCAAUGAAGACAGCCCCCAUUUUAUCCAGAAGUCCUACAGCUUCCAGGUCAGUGAGUCAGCUGAGAUGGGGACGUCUGUUGGGCGGGUGACCGCGCUAGACAAGGACCACGGCAUAGACGGGGUUGUCUACUACUAUCUGGAGGCCCAGAGCAACCUGCAGGGCUUCACCAUGGAGCCCCUCACUGGUGUGCUCAAAGUCUCCAAGAGGCCGGACUACGAGACGUCCCCCAGCAUCUUGUUGACUGUCAUAGCCAAAAACUGGGGGAGUGUGCGGGGUAAUGACACCGACACCUGCACCAUCAACAUCACUGUCAUUGACGCUAACGACCCGCCAGAAUUUUCUCAGGCUGUCUACCACGCCAAUGUUACUGAGAACUCCCCUGGACACACCCUGGUGACCUAUGUGUCAGCUGUGGACCGUGACCUGCUGCCAGAGAACAGGCUGUUCAAGUUUGUCAUCCUGAGCGGCAACGUGCCAGAGAGGUUCUCCAUCAGCCAGAUGGGUUCAGCGGGUAGCCAGGCGGGUCAGCUGGGCAAGAUAGAGACGUCAGGCCUAGGUGUGCUGGACAGGGAGACAACUGCCAAGUACUCACUGGUCAUUGGUGCUCUUGACCUCAAUACACCCUCCAUUCAAGGUACAUCAACUGUGGAGAUUGAGUUGUUGGACGUGAAUGACAACGCCCCUAGAUUCAACCCACAGAACCUGAAGGCCAACGUGUCAGAGAACGAAACAGCUGGGGUGGAGGUGAUCACACUCAGGGACUACACCAUCGACGCUGACAUCCCACCCAACCAGGGGCCCUACAGGUACAAGAUGAAAGACGGGGCUUGGAGUGAGUACUUCUCCAUGAAUGAGUUGACAGGCAGGGUGGAGACACUCAAGGCUUUAAACAGAGACAUCAGCCCCCAGUUUGUCAUACCAGUUGUGGUCACUGACAAUGGCAUCCCUACCAUGACAUCCACCCUGACCUUCACUGUCGUGGUCAGUGACAUCAACAACUCUCAGCCCAAGCCUCGACCUCUGCAGGUGCUGGUCACUGUGAUGGAGAACCAGUUCCUGUCUGGUAAAAUAGCUGACGUCAGGCCGCUGGACUCUGACACGUCAGACAAGUACACGUGUACCAUCCUGAGUGGGGACGCAGCGCACUUUGUCAUCAACAAGGGCUGCGACCUGGAGGCGGUCAGCCUGGGCCCAGAGCUCUACAAGCUGAAGAUCAAAGGCUGGGACGACAAGUUCUCCCCCGUACAGUACGACGUCUCCAUCCUGGUGCAGGCCAUCGGCAACACUUCCCUGGCCAACUCGGUGGCCACCGUCCUGGCCAAUGAGAAAGCUUCAACAUUCCUGGAGAAAAAGUUCUCCCUCUUUAAAACACGGGUACAAGAAGCUUUUGGCGCCUUCUUCACCUGCAAUGUCUUCAACCUUCAGGAGACUGGCUCUGACUUGCGGGUCAUGAUGUACAUCUACGACAGCAGCAAGAGGUUUCUCAGCACCAACGACAUCCAGCGCGGGCUGGCGGCCGCUAAAGCUGCCAUAGAGGCCAGCGUUGAUGUCAGCAUCAAGACCAUCACAGAGAACAAAUGUGGGGUCAACCCUUGUAAAAAUGGCGGCAGCUGCUCGACGCUGGUUGUAGCUGUACCUGAGGUGUCAAUCAGUGACUCACCUGCGCUGGUGCUGACCUCAGUGGACACCUACCUGGACACGUCUUGCACCUGUAUGCCAGCCUUCACUGGCGCCUACUGCGAGCAGAGCCAGCAGCCUUGUGGGGGGGACUACUGCUAUCAUGGAGGUACCUGCUUCAACAACACCUGCAGGUGUCCUGACACCUGGCAGGGGACCUACUGUCAGCUGGACGUCAACGAAUGCCUGAGGACGUCCUUGUGUAAAAAUGGCGCCACCUGCCACAACAUAGACGGAGGGUUUGAGUGCAUCUGUCCCGUGGGGUACCAGGGCAAGUACUGUGACAGCCAGAACUUCUGCACCAGCAAGCCUUGCUCCAGCCACGGCACCUGUGAGGAGCAGCUGGACUCGUUCCAGUGUGUUUGUGACUACGGCUACUACGGCCCACUCUGCCAGUUCUCCAGCAUGUCCUUCCAGGGCGGGUCCUACGCCCAGUUCAAGCCAGUGGACAGCUACCACAUCUUUAACCUGACCAUUUACUUCGCCACUGUGGACAACAACUCUCUGCUGGUCUUUAGCCCAGUCACCAUUGGGGAGGUCAGUCAAGGCUUUCUGGCUGUGGAGGUCAUAGCUGGCAAGGUCAAGGUCUCCUUCCUGCUGGACCCGUGGGUCAGCAACCAGACGCCCAGGGUGUUGGUCCUGUCCACCACAGGGUCAGUGAACACAGGCUACUGGUACAGGCUGGAGCUGACCAAAGUCUUGUGGACGGCCACCUUGAUAGUCCAGAGGUGUACCAACUUGACAUGUGACAGCUGUGUGGACAAGAGGAGAGAGUGUUACCACGAGAUGGAUUAUAUAUCAGACAAUCGACCAGUCCAGGGUCAGUACAUCAGCAUUGGGGGUGUGAAAAACUUUGCUGAUGUGACAGAUCUGAAGGGGCUUGUCAAGACUCACGACUUCACCGGCUGCAUCCACAGCGUCACCAUCAACAGCAAAUCUUUUGGGCUGAGCCCAGGGGGGAGCAGCGCGGAGAACGUGCCGGUGGAUGUGAACAACGUCACAGACACCUGCCCCAGGAAACAGGCUGGCAGCCCAUGCUUGAGCUCACCUGGGUGCUACAACAAUGGCGUCUGUCUGGACAAGUGGUCACACGCUGCCUGCCAGUGUUCUAACACAUACAUGGAUGACCUCUGUCUCAUCAAGAGACAACCUUUCAGCUUUGGCAGCAACUCUGUAGUCAGGUACAGCUUAUUGCCUAGUUACCUCAGGGAGGCCAUGCUGACGGCCAUAAGCUCUAGCAGACGCAGACGGGCCAUUGGGGACUCUACGCUGGCGCUGAGGUUCAGGACACUGGAGACUGAGGGUGUUUUGUUCAAGGCAGCCACGAGUGUCUACACAUGUGUGCUCUGGUUCAGUGAAGGUCAAGUUUACUUCAUGGUCAAGGACACCAAUGAGGUCACAGACCCUCUGUCUGUAGCGGCCAGUAAAAUCAGUGAUGGGCUGUGGCACAAUGUGACGGUCACUGCUUUGACCACCGGCUACUCUAUGCUGUUUGAUGACACUGUCUCUGGCCUGAUGCCACAGAGCCCAACCUUCAACUUUGACACGCUUGACCUUGUCGAGAUGUCACUAGGUGGACAAGCAGUGGUCAAAGAUAACAAACAGAUCAAAGGUUUCUCUGGCUGUUUGUCUCAGUUUCUGAUCAAUGGAGAGUUGCAGCCCUUGAAUGGCACCAGUGACAAAUACAACAUCAGCUCAGCAGGUGGAGUAGAGGGGAGCUGCAGCGCGCUGUGUGCCAACAACCCAUGUGGUGGCAGCAACAAGUGCGUGCCAGACGGGGAGCUCUACCAGUGCCUGCUCAUGGCCCAGUCCGCUGGACUUGAGACCGGCAUCAUUGUGGUCAUCGUCUUCUUCGCCGUCCUGCUCAUCGCCAUCAUUGUUGUUUUUGUCCUGUUCCGUGUGAGACGGGACCUGUUCCACAGAUGUGUCCGCAACAAAAAAGAAAAUGGUAGCAUGAGUGACGGCUCCAAUGGGAAGCCCAACAUCAGCAUUGACAACAUCAUCGGGACGGGGGGUAUGAAUGGCUCCAGCUCCCGCUACUCCCUGAACCCCAGUGAGGAGGAAAUGAUCAUCAGGAACCACAUAGCUGAGAACCUGGCGGGCCAGAAGGCUCUGACUGCCAGGCCUGAUUUGAUUGGCUCAAACUUCUCUCCCCAGCCCUUCCAGCUCUCUGAUGGCACUGUCAUCAUGGAGACUGGCCUCAUGCUGCCUGACGAGGACGCACCUGAGCAUUAUGAUUUUGAGAACGCCAGCAGUAUUGCCCCCUCUGAUAUAGCACCCUCGGAAAUGAUACGUCACUACAGGGACUUCCGCAAUGGUACACACCACCACCAUCAUCACCACCACCACCAUCACCAGCAGCCUCAUGCGUUGAACAGUGGCUUGUUAAAUAAGUACAGAGACAACAGCCUGGUUAUUGCCCCUGGUAUCCGCCAGAGCCCCAUUUCUUUAACAGGCUCGGCGCUGUCCGUUCCCGCCACGGGCACCCAGCCAAUGGUCCCCAAUGGCCGGCCCAGCUCUGCUCUGGCUGCUCUCAACCAUUCAGAAGGUAACCGCACGCUGACUCAGCUCAAUGUCCGCAGCCCACAUAACUACACCCUGAACCCCAGUCGCAGUAGCUCGCUGGGCAGUCACCACAGCCACAGUUCUAGCUCGUCUGCUACAGGGCCUCCCAGCGGCGUCAUCGCACCAUUCACACACAAACCUAUCAAUAAUAAAUUCAGAAAUCGACCAGUUCCUAAAGGAUUAACUGUAGAAGAUGUAAAUAGAUUGAACGCUCGCCCAGAUAUGCUGGUUGACCCGGUCAGUAUGAUGGACGUUGUGUCAUCGUCUGUGGACGGUCGGCCCAGAGCCAACAUCAAAUAUCACAAGCCGGCUCAUGAGCAAGACAACAGCCUGCUGCUUGAGCCGCCAGACUCGAGCUCCUCUGACAGCGGAGCCAACGACUCAUUCACGUGUUCAGAGUUUGAAUAUGAGAAUGAUAAUCCCAGGACUAGACUUGACCUUGACCCAGGUCAAAUGAUAUUUUCUAAAUUGACAGAAGUUGAGAAUGAAACAGACGACCUGACGCCCCUCCACCAAAAAUCUGGCGUAGAUGGUGUAUCAAGGACCCCUGAGAUUCUGCCAUUUACCAACCAGUAUGACUUUGAUGCGCUGCUCAACUGGGGCCCCAAGUUUGAUAAGUUGGUGGGGGUGUUCAGGGACAUUGCUCAGCUGCCAGAUACAGGACAGAGGAUUGAAGGGGCGGGGGAUCAUGACUAUGAGGAGUACGUUUAGCCUGAGGGUCUAAUCAAAGUGUUUGUGAUAUGCAGGAGUAAUUUGUCUAUUUGUUACAUACAACUUUUUUAUUGUAAAGAUAAAUUCCAUUGUUUUAGAGUAAAUUGUUAAUUAAGGAGAGUUGUAAGUUAAAAGCAUAAUCAAAAGCUUCCAUUUGUCAAUCAUAUUUCAAUGUACAUGGUUGUUUUCAUUAGAUUUCUUACUGGAAUGAGAUUUCUUUGGACUAAUACAUUUGUGUUUUACUUUCUCAACUUUAUGUGAUCAAUCACCUCAAUACCUCCCUCAACACAGCUGUUUACCACCCCUUGACUUUUGGUGUGUGUUGCUUCCCUUACCAUCAGAAUUUUUAAUAAACAUUCAUCUCCAUUAUCUGUCUAGCAUUGGUCCAUUACUACACAAUUAUUAAAAUAGCUGUCUAGACUUGCCUAAGGAAACAUUAGAUUGUCACAUGACUUGUCUAACCAAUGAAAUAGAAUCUUAUUAUACAUUGACAACGCCAUUUAGAAGUUAGUUUUUUUGUAAAAGUUAUAGAUACUUAUCUGAUGGAUAUUUUCUCUUUCAUGUUGUUUUUUUGUGUCAAAAUAUGUCCCCUGGGUAAUAACUGUUUCAAUGACUUCAUGAAAACUGGUUGAAACAAUUUGUGACAACAGAUUUUUUCUUGUAUGUCAAAUGUCACUGCAACAUUGUUUGCCCAUUGUUUGAACAAGUUUUACUAUUUAGAAAGCUGCGCUGUAAUUGUUGUUCUUGUGUUAAUAUUAAUUUUUGCCUUUUGUAAAGGCUUCAAGAGAGUGUGUAUGGUGCAGCUUUUGGCUAAGUGUGUGUGUAUGUAGCAAAUGUAUGGCUGUAUAAUGUGUACAUUAUAAUGACAUCUGACAGAUGAUAUUUUAUGCAAUUUUCUUCAAGUUUUGUAAUCUGUUCUACACAUUCCUUUUGUUAAGGCAACAUAAAUCGCUUUCUUUGUUUUACAUACCAUUUCAAUGUUGCAUGCAUUGGGGUUUUGUAUUGUUUUAAGAAAAAACUUUAUUUAUACUUCAUUUUAUAAAUUUUUAAAACAAUGUACAUUAGUACUAUUUGUACGAAAAACUAAAAAGUUAUACUAAAAAAUGUUCCUUUUCCCUACACAUUGGACUGGUAAAAAAAUAGAGUUGAUCACUGUAUUCAGUUACUAAUUGAAUGACUUAGUAUAAUAAAAGCUUGUUGGAGAUGGUGUAAUGCUGAAGCUAGGGUAUGACACCAUCCACACAGUACUAAGACAACCACCUCCACAAUACCUACAUGAAACUGUUGCUUCACAUCAACUAGUAGAAAGUUUUUUCUAAACACCCAAACCACAUGUAGAUUUUACUUCUGCAAUUACAUAAUCAAAUUUUGAGUCAUUAUUUACAAAUAUUUGUCAGUAAAUAAAGUUAGUUAAGUGCAUUUAGUAAAAUCAUGUUUAGUUUUAAGUGAAGCUGUUAGAGACAUAAUAUCAAUGGUCAUCAUAAUCAUUUUGUGUGGCCUUAAAAUACCUUGACCACACCCUGCCUGUCCCAUCAGUAGACCCUAUUCUGGCUAAUGUACUUAGAUGCUCUUUAUUUUUCUAGUGUUUAUAUAUAUUUUUACAAACCACGAACAAAUCAGUUUCACAUGUAUAGUCCACCUGCACCAAGUGGAGUUAUUUCCAUUAACCAUCAUCCAAGUCUCUCAACUUGAACAAACUUUAGGCUGUUAUUGGUAUACAAGUUGCAAGUGGACUUCUGGUACAUUGUUUAUUUAACUUGUGCACUGUCUAUGCCAAGUUUUCAUUUAGUUUUAACUAAAAUUACCUAUUUUAUAAUGAUUUAUUUGAUCUAGAUGAUCAUUUAGAUAAGAAUUUUCUUUCCUGAUGUAAAUAUUAUAAAGAUGAACUUCAUUUUUAAUGUUGAUUCUUUUGUUUAAGGUUGCCUUGGCAACAAAAGAUGGCCAGAACUGAUAUUGUAAUAAUUUUUUUAUGCCAAAUAAGAUUGUCUUGAUCCUUUUUUUAAAAAUACAAUCAAUGAACAAUAAAUCUUUAAACAAAA